UUUUACAUUUAUCCUUUAUAUUUAUCUCCAUUGCGUAAAAUUCCUGACCCACCUGUUUAUAAUUUUAUUCUUGGACAUUAUGCUUCUUCUUAUUUUUCAAAUAAAGAGCUAGGCGAAGCAUUUGCUCAUUUAUCAAACCAAUAUGGUGGGAUUGUUAAGUAUCAUGGUUUAUUUAAUGAACCAUAUAUAUUGAUUUCCGAUCAAAAGCUUAUCCAACAAAUACUAGUAAAUCGCUCUUAUGAUUAUCCAAAGUUCUUCUUAAGCAAAACUAUAAUUAAAGAUUUAUUUGGUGAAGGUAUUGUACUUGCAGCAGGAAAUUCUCAUAAACGACAAAGAAAAGUGAUGACUCCUUCAUUUGCUUUUGCCAAUAUUAAGGAAAUGGUUCCAACAUUUGUUCAAGCUGGCCAUAAAUUAAAAGAUAUCUGGAUAAAACAAAUUGGUAAUAAUAAAGAGGAAAGGAUUACGAUUACAGAAUCAAUUCCAAAGAUAACUUUAGAUGUUAUUGGUCUUGUUGUUACAGAUCAAAAAAAUAGUCCUAUGCGAGGAACAGUUUUAUUGUCAUUAUUGAUAAAGUCAAAUGAUAGCUUACUCAUCGACGAACAAUUAACACAUAGUGAAUUAAUAGUCAGUGUCUGGACUACUUCGAAAGAUGAAAUAAUGAAUGGUUAUCUUAUUCCAAAG